AAGCGGACUUGCAGGACACCUUUUUGAAAUGAAAGCGUAUCAAUUUUCUUCGAGAUCCGUUUCCAUGGCUAAAAUCAAUCUGUGGUUGGGUAAACUCCGUGACUGCGUUCUGACCGGGCUGCGAGUGAGUGCUGAUCAGAUUUCUUCGGUGGCAAGGAGAUGCCCAUUGAAACCACCGUCCCUCCAACGGAGCAUCAAGAAACCCAUAACCCUUCCUUCGACCAAGAACCCCAUCAAAGAAGCCAAUGAAACCUCCAAUUCCGAUGGAAAUAUUUGUGACUUUCAGCAGGGCGAUUCAAUAGAAGCUAGCAAGACACCGAGGCCUCAAAAUGGAUUCGUCAGCCGAGCCCUCUACUACCGAGGAUACUACAUACGGCGCUAAAGGAUUCGUGGCCAACAUGAAAUUCAGUCUAAAUGGACAAUUUUACACACGGGACAUGGGACCCGUACUCGUACUCUCGGAUUAACAAUCAAUUGGCUUUGAAGCACCGGCUAUGUACAAAUCAGCUCAGUAAUUUCUUGAUCACAAACUUUUCCAAAUUAUCUGCCGUGGAAUAUGCAUGUGCCACAUGUGUCACUCUCUUUACGUCUAAAAUUGGAAAUCAAUAAACAUUUGCACUAAAUUUGAGCCAAAUGAUGCAGGAUACAUUUACUGCGAACUCAUCCGAA